UCACUCAAGUGCAUUCCAAAUUCACCGCACCCCUUCUAUAGUGAUGUAAAUGAGUGGGCUGGAGGGAGGGAAGUUAGGAGCAGAUUUGCUUGUGAAGAAGUUUUAUAAUCACCAGCUACCAGUGGGAUAGGGAGUUAUUUCAAGAAGGAACUCUACAGCAGUAUCUCUCUUCUCAUUGUAGUUUAAAGGCCAGCAUCUGAAGUCGUGAGUUGGUAGCAGGAUGUUUUUGCGCCGAUUUUGUUUCCAUCUCUGACAAUUUGUUUUAUCGUUAUUGUUUUCAACUUCUGCUUGGGAUGCUUGGUUGACAUUACACAGCCGGUGUAAUUUUAAAGCUCUGUUCAAACUUUGUAUAUUUCGUUUAUGGUAAAUAUGUAUAACAUUAUAGAGCACCAACUCAAGUCCUCUGUUCCUUCACAUCAUCCUGGAACAGGAAUGCCACCUGCGAACGGAGUAGGGGGGCACGAGGGCGGCCACACAGGUUCCAAAUUACCGACAAUCCAACCUGACCCAAUGGACAAAGUCAAGCGGCCCAUGAAUGCCUUCAUGGUCUGGUCUCGCGGUGAGCGACGGAAAAUGGCUCAGGAAAAUCCCAAAAUGCACAAUUCUGAGAUAUCCAAACGGCUGGGUGUCGCGUGGAAAUCUCUAACAGACGCUGAGAAAAGGCCCUUCAUUGACGAGGCUAAGCGCCUCCGCGCGGUGCACAUGAAGGAUUAUCCGGACUACAAAUACAAGCCCCGUCGUAAAACCAAACCGAUGCCGAAGAACAAUACUCUAGCCGCCCAGUAUCAGAUGUCGGCCGGUAACCACCUGCUGAGUGCGUCCGCGGCUCAGGGACAAGUUGGAAACCCCAGAAUGGACGCAUAUGGCUGGGGCCACACAGGGGGCUACACUGCGGCGAUGCAGAGCGAGGCGCUCGGCUACAGCCAGCAGCUUCACCGCUAUGACCUGUCAGCACUUCAGUAUCAGUCCAGCAUGGCCCAGGCCCAAGCCUACAUGAAUGGUGCCAACGCAUACAGCCCCAUGUCCUACAACAGCAGCCCCCAGCAGGUCAGCCCAGUGAUGUCCAUGGUGAAGCAGCAGUCUGAUGGCCACAGCAUGUCCCCAUCCCCCACCGGGCCCCACAGCCCCCUCCAGCAGCACCACCACCAGGCCCACCAGCAGCACCAGACCCAGCGUGGUAUCCAGGUCCAGGGAGACCAUCUCAGGGACAUGAUCAGCAUGUACAUGCCUGGGGGAGAUGCCUCAGAGGCCCAGAGAGGGUACUCCGUCUCUGCAGCAAACAUCCAGCAGCAUUACCUGGGAGGGUCAGCUCCACUCACCCACCUUUGAAUUCCCUCUCACACACCUCUAAGCUGAACUCACUCACCAACUCGCAUACCUCUGAACUGAGACAUUAUACUGAUUCAAUCAACCGUGUAUCAUGUUGGUUGAAGUGCUGUCGACUCCCCUCCUAACUCUUGUUGGUCCCUUAUCCACAUCUGACCUACAGGGUCUGACACUGUUAUUGUGGAAGUCCAGUGAGAUGGAUGUUGGGAAACAACGUGAUCUGACUUGAUAUGCUGGCAUUGACUGGUGGCAGCCCAAUGGGGUCAGUAAAUGUGCAGGGACUGAAGCAAGAAAAUAAUAUUCAUUUUAAUACAAAGAUGAGAUCCCUCACUGACACAGACAAUAUUUUGUGACAAGAUGACGAUGUCGUCAUCAUUGGUCGUUGAGUGGUUUCAGUGUACAUUCCAGUUGGAAUGCCUUGAUGGUUAUGACCCCAGAUAUUGUCCCAUUCUGCUAUUUCUCUAAACCCACCAUCUAAAAGAGUAUUAAUGACUGCAAUUGGAACUCGAAAAGUUGAAGUGGAAGUAUGACAUUUUGUUUUUGUGAAUUCUGAACAAAAUGGCUUCGACAUUGACAAUCUCAAAUGUUUCUCUCAGACAGCUGCCAUUUCUGUAUCCGUUCAGAAAAUGAAUUUACCUCUAAAUGGGUCUACACACCCUGUAAUUUAUAUAAAAGUUAAAUAGCAGUUGGUUUUUAUUUCACAACUUUUUGAAACACAAAACUGAACCGAUAUUUGAGGAUUUUUGUUAUUGUUUAGUUUAAAUCGAUGCUGCUUUUCUGAGGUUUAGGCCUUAUUUACCGUUGUGAAAUGUAUUGAAUUCAUGUUUUAUUAAUACCCUUAUAGUAAGGGUAUUGUUAUUUCAAGUCACUUGACAAGAAUGAUGUAAAACAAAAAAAAGUAAUAAAGUGUUAUUAUUUUUC